UCAGCGGCGCCUUGGGAGGAUAUCCGUUCACGCAGUUGUGUCACUGCAGUGCCCGCUGCACGCCCAUGGAGGAACCUGUGUGCGUGUUCUGUCUUCUUUGAGCUCUUCAGCCCACGCUGUCUGAACUCACCUGGGCUCCUGGCAGACAGUUUGCUUGUUUUCCCAACUACUCUCCCCGAUCCUGUUGCGUUCCCUCUCUCACAGAGCCCAAAAAGGAUGUGAACUUUGGAAUGGGGUCUAUGAGCAGGCUGCGGACUCAGUGCAUGUGCGAGACUGUUGCUGAAUAACAGGAGGACUGGUUAACCGCUGUGGGCAGCCUUUCCGUCUGGCUGCAGGGCACCAGCCUUGCCUGGGCCCUUCACCAUGUUCCUCCUGCUCCCCUUUGACAGCCUGGUUGUUAAUCUCUUGGGGAUUUCCAUAACUGUCCUCUUCACUCUGCUUCUGGUUUUCAUCAUUGUGCCAGCAAUUUUUGGAGUCUCCUUUGGCAUCCGCAAGGUUUACAUGAAGACAUUAUUAAAGAUUUUUCAGUGGGCGACACUGAGGAUAGAGCGUGGUGCCAAGGAGAAGAACCAUCCGUUAUACAAGCCCUAUGUCAAUGGUAUCAUUGCGAAGGAGCCAACAUCACUGGAAGAGGAGAUCAAGCAGAUCCGCCGGAGUGGCAGCGGCAAAGCCCUGGACACCCCUGAGUUUGAGCUCUCAGAUAUCUUCUAUUUCUGCCGCAAAGGCAUCGAGACCAUCAUGGAUGAUGAAGUGACCAAGAGGUUCUCUGCUGAAGAGCUGGAGUCCUGGAACCUACUCAGCAGGACCAACUACAACUUCCAGUAUAUCAGCCUGCGCCUCACUGUCCUCUGGGGACUGGGUGUGCUCAUCCGCUAUUGCUUCCUUCUGCCCCUCAGGAUAGCUCUGGCGUUUACUGGCAUCAGCUUGUUGGUGACUGGUACUACAGUGGUGGGAUAUUUGCCAAAUGGAAGGUGUAAGGAGUUCCUGAGCAAGCAUGUCCACCUGAUGUGUUACCGGAUCUGUGUGCGUGCCCUGACGGCCAUCAUCACCUACCAUGACCGAGAAAACAGACCCCGAAAUGGAGGCAUCUGCGUGGCCAAUCACACAUCUCCCAUUGAUGUGAUCAUCCUGGCCAGUGAUGGCUACUACGCGAUGGUGGGUCAGAUCCAUGGAGGCCUCAUGGGUGUGAUACAGAGAGCCAUGGUGAAAGCUUGCCCCCACGUCUGGUUUGAACGCUCUGAGGUCAAAGAUCGUCACCUCGUCGCCAAAAGGCUCACAGAACAUGUCCAGGACAAGAGCAAACUGCCUAUUCUUAUCUUCCCGGAAGGAACCUGCAUCAACAACACGUCUGUGAUGAUGUUCAAAAAGGGGAGCUUUGAAAUUGGAGCCACGGUUUACCCUGUAGCCAUCAAGUAUGACCCACAGUUUGGAGAUGCCUUUUGGAACAGCAGCAAGUAUGGCAUGGUAACCUACCUCCUUAGGAUGAUGACCAGUUGGGCCAUUGUCUGCAGUGUCUGGUACUUGCCUCCAAUGACCAGGCAGGCUGAAGAGGAUGCUGUCCAGUUUGCCAAUCGAGUGAAGUCAGCCAUUGCCAGGCAAGGGGGCCUCGUGGAUCUGCUCUGGGAUGGAGGACUGAAGAGAGAGAAGGUGAAAGACACAUUCAAGGAGGAGCAACAGAAACUCUACAGCAAAAUGAUUGUAGGCAACCAUGAAGACCGGAGCCGCUCCUGAGCCCUCUGCCUCCAGCACUGUUACUGGGCCUGGCCAGAGCCCUCUGCCUCCAGCACGAGCUGGGGCUUGUCUGGAGCAGCACCGAAUCUUUGGACUUUGGCUACUCCAGAGCUGCUUGGACUUGCUCCUUCAUCCUCUGGCCAUUGUUACCCGGAGGCACUGUUACUGCCUAGAGUCUUCAGGCCCUGAGCAGCCCUUGGCAAAGAUGCCUUCUUGUUACUGUUACAGUGAAGCCCCUUGGAGGGGCAAUAUUAAAUGAAACACUUAUGGUGUC